UCAUCGUCUCGUCGUCACCAUUCAUUUCAUUUCUCUCUCUCUCUCAGAAUCCAAACCCUAGGAAAUUUCCCCUUCAGACGAAACCCUAGAUUUCCUCUCACAAAUCUCUCUCAGCUUCCCCAUUCUCGGGAUUCGGCGUCCAGAUCGCAGAUCCCGUUCAAUUUUUUUUCCGCAUCCCCCGAUCGGGUUUGGAUUCUGAAGAAAGUUCAAUUCCGCACAAAUUCGAGACAAUUGCUGCUGUCGAGGCUCGCGUUGCGCAUGGGUAAGAUUCUGAGAGAAACCGCGAGGCCGUUCUCGAAUUGUUCGUCGUCGUCGGCGUCUCCGUUGUCGGCGCCGCCGGCAACGACGUCGUCGACGUCGUUGACGGACACGGUGAGGGGGUCGCACCGGUUCAAGAUCACGGGGUAUUCGCUGUCGAAGGGGAUUGGGAUUGGGAAGUACAUAGCUUCUGAUAUAUUCUCGGUGGGAGGGUACGAUUGGGCGAUCUAUUUUUACCCCGACGGGAAGAGCGUGGAGGACAAUGCUACGUACGUUUCGCUCUUCAUCGCGCUUGCUAGCGAAGGGACCGACGUUAGGGCGCUUUUUGAGUUGACGCUUUUGGAUCAGAGUGGGAAGGAGAGACACAAGGUGCAUAGCCAUUUUGAGAGGACCCUCGAGAGUGGACCCUACACGUUAAAAUACCGUGGUAGCAUGUGGGGUUACAAGCGGUUUUUUAAGAGAACAGCACUAGAGACAUCAGAUUACCUUAAAGAUGAUUGCCUUAGUGUUAAUUGUAGUGUUGGUGUUGUGAAGUCACACACAGAGGGCCCUAAAAUAUAUAAAAUCCCUAUUCCGUCUUCUAACAUGGGUCAGCAAUUUGGGAAGCUACUAGAAAGUGGGAAAGACAGUGAUGUCAGUUUUGAAGUGAAUGGAGAAAUUUUCGCUGCUCAUAAAUUGGUUCUAGCAGCUCGCUCACCUGUUUUCAGGGCUCAACUUUUCGGUCCGAUGAAAAAUCAGAAUACCCAUUGUAUAAAAGUUGAAGACAUGGAGGCUCCAGUUUUUAAGGCAUUGCUUCAUGUUAUAUAUUGGGACUCACUACCUGACAUGCAAGAGCUUACUGGGUUGAGCUCAAAAUGGGCUACUACCUUGAUGGCUCAGCAUCUGCUAGCAGCAGCUGAUCGGUAUGGCUUAGAGAGACUUAGGCUUAUGUGUGAAACAAGUCUCUGUGAAGAUGUUGCAAUAAACACCGUUGCUACGACUCUAGCCUUGGCAGAACAGCACCAUUGUUUCCAACUGAAAGCAGUCUGUCUGAAAUUUGUUGCAAGGCCUGAAAAUCUCAGAGCUGUGAUGCAAACUGAUGGUUUUGAGUACUUGAAGGAAAGUUGCCCAUCUGUUUUGACUGAGCUUUUGGAGUAUGUGGCUAGAUUUACUGAGCAUUCGGACUUCUUGUGCAAGCAUAGGAAUGAAUUGAUACUUGAUGGCAGCGACGUAAAUGGAAGGCGGGUGAAGCAAAGGCUAUAGUGCUAAAGUGCAAACACUGACAAGUUCUCUGUACAACCCUCUACUCCUUGUUGCAUUUAAAAAUUUCCGUGAGAGCCACAGAUAGAGGGAGAUGAUAAGCAUUUAUAGGAUUAGUGGCAAUUUCUAAUUUUUUUUAGCUUCAUGUCUAGGAGAUGUAAAUGUAGUUUGUUUUUUAUGCUGUUGCAGGUCUGUCUGGCGUAGGUUUCUGUGAUAACUUUGCUCUUAAAACAUUUGUCUUAAAAAAGAAAGUAUUGACCACUGCUA